UAACAUACAGGGCAAUCUGCGCAUUUUGGCAGCACAUGCACCCUGUGGUGAUCCAUGCUGUGACGCGCCACCUGGAGGUGCUGAUGCUCCAGCGAAUCGGCUGGAGUGAUCCGCUGAGUGAGAUCGUGGUGACCGACAUCCCCCCCAAGGUCCCGGAUGCACGCAUGUCCUUCUCCAAGGACAGAGUGAUGGUGUGGUUUGCUGGCAUCGGCGCCAAGCUGUACUCGUUGGAGGUGAGUGUGAAAGAGAAGGAGCUUCCCCGGCGCUUGGUUGCGCAUGUGAACCUGCUGCCCAACAACCCGGUGAGCUGCCUCGCCUGCAGCGCGGUCGCUGAGAGCCGCUGCUACGUGGGCUGCAAGAUGGCCAUGGUGCAGAUCAUGGAAUGGGUGGACCCCAAGAGUUUCAAGUCCAGCCACCUGGGCAAGGUGCAAAUCCCAGGGGAAGAUGCCACGGUGCUGGCGAUGCGAUCCAUCCGAGGCGAGGAGGAGGUGCUGGCCAUUCUUCUGGAGAACAAAACCGUGUACCUGCAGGGCCUGCUCAAUGAAGCAGAUGACAAAGUCGUGCAAAGCGGUGCGCCGGUUCUGGCUGUCUCCCUGGCGUCCAUCCCCUCGUCCCUGCCGACCUUGACGGCGAUGUUCGGCGGGCCCAAAUCCCCGGCCGCCUGCGCUGGCUCUCUGCAUUUGGGCUGGCUGGCUGAGGACAGCAACACGUUCCAGAUCGCCGCGGUGCCUUUGAAGUCGGAGCGAAAGCCCAAGCCGAUGAACAGCAUCAAGGCAGAGGCCCGCAGGCCCAGCUUGUCGACGCAGGAGCGCCUGGACCGCAGCCCCAUGACCACGCCCCGAGGCGGGAAUCUGCGAAGGAAGCCUUUGAACGGAGCUGGCGCCAGCGGGCUGACCCGGCCUGCGUCCUCGCGAGGAGUCACGAGCUCCUUGGUGCCCGAUGUGGACGGCCGCAAAGACAGCCGCCGCAUGGUGAGCGGGCCCAGCGCCACGCGCAGCGCCGGCAAGCCGGUGGCGCGGCCGCUGAAGCGGAACCCACGGCUGCCCAACAAGGCGGCGUCUGUGGAUGUGGUCGAGGAGCUGGCGGUCAGCGAGAGUGAAGCGCACGCUCGGGUGCCUUCGCCCGGCGCCACGGAGCGGCAUCGCUCGCUGGAGGCAACUCGGACACCCGCCCGCCCUUCUGCGCGCUGCCAGGAGGACGUCACCGUUAUGGUGGAGCGCGAGGAGCGCUGGCAGAGCGGCACCCACGUAGCCAUUCAGCCGCAGCAGACCUGGGCGCCUGGUGGAACCGGCGCCAGCACCCCGCAGAUGUGGCGCAUUGGGGCUACGGCGUCGCGAGGGCCCCGCCCCAUGCCGCAUGCACCAAGCCCGCAAGGACAGAUCUCGCAGUCCCAGUCUGCCAUUCAAGGUCUCUCUUCCUGGCCCACGGUGUGGAUCCCCCAAGCCGUGCCGGCGUCAUCCCUCACCCGCCACAGCAUGGGCCAGACUUUGAUGCAGACGCCGGUGAGCGCUUCGCCCGCUGUCAUCCACCGCCUCCCCGGCGGACCUCAGGCGUACCUCGGCAGAUGGCCGGUGCCGCCGUUCUGAGUCUUUGACGACUCUUUCCAGGAAAAUGGGUCCCACACAAAUACAC